UCGGGACCGGGACCCGGAUCGGGACCGGGAUUGGAGCUGGGAUCGGGACCGGGAUAGGGAUCAGGACCAGGAUUUGAGCUGGGAUCGGUACCGGGGCUGGGAUCGGGAUUGGAGCUGGGAUCGGUACCGGGACCCGGAUCGGUACCGGGGCUCGGAUCUAGACCAAGAAUCCAGUUGGGAUCGGGACCAGGGCUGGGAUCUGGACCAGGAUUGAAGCUGGGAUCGGCACCGAGAUUGGAGCUGGGACCGGGAGUGGAGUUGGAACAGGGAUUGGAGCUGGGAUCAGGAUCGGGACAGAGCUGAGAUCGGAACUGGAGCUGGGGUUGGGAUCGGCACCGGGACUGGGACCGGAGCUGGGAUCGUGACUGUGAGCAGGAUCGGGACUGGGACCGGAGCUGGGAUCGUGACUGUGAGCAGGAUCGGGAUCAGGACCGGAGCUGGGAUCGGGACUGUGAGCAGGAUCGGGAUCGGGAUCGGAGCUGGGACGAGGACCGGGAUUGGAGCUGGGAUCGGAACCGGGAGCGGAUCUGGGAUCGGGGCCGUGACUGAGCAGGACCAGGACCGGGUCCGGGGCCGUGCCGGAGCCGCCCCGCAGCGGCCCCGGAGCCAGCACGGCCGCGAUGGCAGCAGCCGAGGGGAAUAAACUCUGGGGUGGAAGAUUCAGUGGAAGCACAGAUCCCAUCAUGGAGAUGCUCAAUGCUUCCAUCAGCUAUGACCAGAGGCUGUCUGAGGUGGACAUCCAGGGGAGCAUGGCUUAUGCCAAAGCCUUGGAAAAGUCUGGGAUCCUGUCUAAGACUGAGCUGGAGAAGAUCCUGGGUGGCCUGGAAAAGAUCUCUGAGGAAUGGUCCAAGGGAGUCUUUGUGCUGAAACCAACUGAUGAGGAUAUCCACACUGCCAACGAGCGCAGGCUGAAGGAGCUGAUUGGAGACGUAGCUGGGAAGUUGCACACUGGCAGAAGCAGGAAUGAUCAGGUUGUGACUGACCUGAAGCUGUUCAUGAAGAAUUCCCUCUCCAUCAUCUCCACACACCUCCUGCAGCUCAUUGAGACCCUGGUGGAACGUGCUGCCACAGAAAUCGAUGUGAUCCUGCCUGGCUACACCCACCUGCAGAAAGCCCAGCCCAUCCGAUGGAGCCAGUUCUUGCUCAGCCAUGCUGUUGCUCUGACCCGCGAUUCUGAGCGCCUGGGAGAGGUGAAGAGGAGGAUCAAUGUCUUGCCUUUGGGAAGUGGAGCUCUGGCUGGAAAUCCCCUGGGAAUUGACAGAGAGCUGCUGUGCAGUGAGCUGGACUUUGCUUCCAUCAGCCUGAACAGCAUGGAUGCUGUCAGCGAGAGGGACUUUGUGGUGGAAUUCCUCUCUGCUGCCACCCUGCUGAUGAUCCACCUCAGCAAGAUGGCUGAGGAUCUCAUCAUCUACAGCACCAGCGAGUUUGGCUUCCUGACCUUCUCUGAUGCCUACAGCACUGGCAGCAGCCUGAUGCCUCAGAAGAAGAACCCCGACAGUCUGGAGCUGAUCCGCAGCAAAGCCGGGCGAGUGUUCGGACGGCUGGCUGCAAUUCUGAUGGUCCUCAAAGGACUCCCGAGCACCUACAACAAGGACCUGCAGGAGGACAAGGAGGCUGUCUUUGAUGUCGUGGACACCCUGAAUGCUGUGCUCCAGGUUGCCACUGGAGUGAUUUCCACCCUCCGGAUCAACAAGGAGAGCAUGGAGAGGGCGCUGAGCCCCGAGAUGUUGGCUACAGACCUGGCUCUCUACCUGGUCCGGAAGGGAAUGCCCUUCAGACAAGCCCACGUGGCCUCUGGCAAGGCCGUGCAGCUGGCUGAGACCAAAGGCAUCACCAUCAACCACCUCAGCCUGGAGGACCUGAAGAGCAUCAGCCCCCUGUUUGGCAGCGACGUGGCGCAGGUGUUCAGCGUGCUGAGCAGCGUGGAGCAGUACACGGCCGCGGGCGGCACCGCCAAGAGCAGCGUGUCCGCCCAGAUCGAGCAGCUGCGGGAGCUGCUCAAGAGGCUCAAGGAGCAGGCUUAGAGUGUGGGGAGAGAUCCCGUGCCACUGAUCUGGAGUUGACAAACACUGAAGUGUCCAGUUCACUGAAAUCCUGCUCCUGUCUCUUUGCUCUUCAAAAGCUCACCCUCCCUCUUCUCCUCAAGAAGCCAUCAGCGCCCCUUUUGCCAUUUCCAAUAACUUUUAACCUUCACACUUCAACAAGAUACUCUGAAAAUAUAUAGAAGUAAGCAAGCAGGCAAUAAAGAAAUAACCAAAAGUAAGCAAGCAACAAUAAUAAACCUAAGCUGCGCUUAAGGGGAGGUUUAGGUUGGACAUCAGGAGGAAUUCUUCCCAGAAAGGGAAGACCAAACAUCAGAAGGGGUUGUGGAGGGAGCUGGAAUCUCCGUCCCUGGAGGGGUUUAAGGGAAGAGCGGAUGUGGCACUCAGUGCCCUGCUCUGGGUGGCACGGGGGGUGUUGGGUCACAGGUUGGACUUGGUGUCCUCAGAGGGCUUUUCCAACAUAAAUG